GCAUGCGUAUUGUGGUUCUUUUUCACACGUGAAAACAUGGCGUCGUUUAGAAGAGCUGCAUUUGAUGCUUCAAAAUUCUUAAAACAGGGGACCUCAAUUGUGAGAAAAUGCUCCAAAACAGUAUUAAACGCUCAAGCUAGAACGUUAAUGAUACAGCAGUCAGCGUUAUUAAAAAGAUCCAGCGUAGAAUUGGUUGUGGCAAAACAAGCUCAGAAGUUUUCUAGCAUACCAAGAAUAACAUCAGCUUUAUUAUCAACAAUACCAGCAAUAGACAAUGGUGUAGUACAAAAUGGUGAAUCUGGUUCCAGCGAAGUCUUAGAAGGUUCUGGAAGUGAUGAAGAAGGGCUAGUAACUCCGGCGCGGGAGCCACUGGAUGAUUUAUGACAGUAAUCUGCCUGUGAAAAAAUCAUUUGGAUGAACUGUGGUACAUGUCUAUGUUAUGGGUAUUGAUUAUGUUAGUCUAUUAUUGAAAUAUAUUUUAUCUUGAAAAGUAGUUUUUAAGGAGUUCAUUUAGUAGACCUCUUUACCUUAGGCAUGUUUUUCCAAUCUAGACCACGUGUCAUUCCCUAGAGUAUAAUUUCUUUGUUUAACAGUUGCUCAUGAGAAGACACAUGAAUAUGGAUACAACUCAAACAAAGAACUCAUCCUCAAGGAAAUGACACAUGGCCUGAAAUGGGAAAACAUUAUGUCCAUGGUAAAAACCGGGACAUUGGUAAAAAAGAAAGAUUUCUUAUCAUUGUCACAUUUCAUGGUAAAUGUUCAUGUUUGCUAUAGUUUUUAAACAAUUUUUUUUUACCCUAAAUAUGAAAUUUGUUUUAAAAUUUGUCUGAAAUCUAUUGUGUUCCAUCCAAAUGUUUUUUCACUCUCAGGCAGACAUGUUAUAUUGUACUUCUACUUGUUAAGCAGCAUGUGUUCUAGAAAUGUAGAGUGAUUUCAACAAUGCCGUAAAACAAAAAUGUAAUAGUCGAAAAAAGGUGAAAACCAUUCUUUGUUGACUUGAUCAAUCAUUGCUGUAUUUGUUUGUGGUGUUUGUUUUAAGAAAGUAAUUCUAAAAGUUUACUGUGAUAACUAAUAUUGAUGUCUGUGAAAUUGUUAGUGGUCUUUUAGGUUUUUAUUGUUAAUAAUAAUUAAACAUUUGUUUAUGAAUUAAGUUUUACUUCAAGGAA